UUUUAUUGUUUUCACUUUAAUCAUAUUUUUUGUUUUUGCUUUUUUAAAGUAAAUGACUUGUAAAAUUUGCCCCAAUUUUGUUUUGUUAUUAAUUACAGGUAUUUUACGUUAAACCCAUUUUAUCUAAGCCCAACUCCAGCAUAAUCCACUUCAUCCCUGUCAAAGUUGCCCUAAAUUGUGAGGAGUGCAUGAACAAUUUUAAUUCCCUCCAAAAAAUUUAGGCCUCCUUUGAAAAAUAUUAGUUCCCUCUCCUUCUUGCUUGAAAUUUCAUUUAGUGGUGGAAAAUGUCUAAGUAAAAUUUGGAUAUAACAACUCGUGAGUGUCCUAAUUAAUACUCCCAUUCCAAAUGGAGAGAUUUUUAAGCAAUAACUUGAAUUUGAAAACAAAACGAAUUUAGUUUUGUUUUCAAAUACAAAAACAAGAAUCAUAUUAGACUGAAUGUAUUUGAAAUAAACUAGAUGUAGUAUGUUAUUUGAAAUAAACUAGAUGUAGUAUGUUAUUUGAAAUGACAAUGAAUCAUUUGAAAUUCAUUUGUUUCCUUCCUUUCUUUCUAAAUUUGCUAAACCCUUCUUUGCUUGUCCAGAUUUUAGGAUGCAUGAGUUGUAAUAGUCUAAACAAAUAACGUUACCUUAUAAUGUCAUCUAAAUUCAUAAGAUCCAGAAUCCCUCCAUCGAUCCAACCAGAGUCUCGUACGUAUCUAGUGACUCUUGUCCAUGGGCUUGGGCUAAGUCUAGGUUUAUAAUUAAGGAAGGGAUCUAUAUAUAACUUCACCAAUGCAUUACUUUCUUUUGUGAAACACAAAGCACUCUCACUAGCUAGGUUUUGCCUUAGAAAUGGCUUUCUCAGUGGUUCGUUUAUUUCUGUUUCUUCUCCUUAUUGGUGGUGGGGUGCUUGCAAGAGAAACCAACCUUCUUGACGGUAACUUUUAUCAUAACUAUAGAACGCUCACAACGGAUUCUUCUCAUUUCCGGUCUUCAAAUAAUGGAAGAGAAGUCCGGCUUUCUAUGGAUAAUUCUUCGGGGGCUUCGUUUGUAUCCAAGCAAUGGUUUGGUUCUGGGUUCUUUCAUAUGAAGAUCAAAUUACCACGAGGGAAUUCUGCUGGUGUCGUCACAACUUUUUAUCUAACUUCCGGUGACGGUGACCGAGUAAAGGACAAAGCUCAUGAUGAGCUGGACUUUGAGUUCUUGGGUAACAUAAAAGGAGAGCCAAUCCUACUGCAGACAAAUGUUUUUGCAAAUGGCACGGCCGGUAGAGAACAAAGAAUUACUCUUUGGUUUGACCCCACAACGGAGUAUCAUGACUACAAAAUUCUUUGGAACCAGAAUCAAAUUGUAUUUUAUGUCGACGACAUCCCAAUUAGGGUAUUUAAGAACCUCACAGAAUCUGGGGUUCCCUUCCCGUCACAACCAUUGCAAAUUCAAGCAAGCCUUUGGCAUGCAAAAUGGGCAAGUCAGAAUGAGACGGAUUGGAGUUAUGCACCUUUUAAAGCUCACUACCAAGGAUUUGACAUAAGUGGCUGUCCCUGCGCAACAAAACAAUGCAUGAUUGAAUGUUAUGGGCAGAAUUAUUGGUGGAACGACAUAAGGGAAUUAAACUCAGACCAACGACGGGCAUAUGAGGAUGUGAGAAGUAGACAUAUGCACUAUGACUAUUGUGCCAGUCAUACACCUGCCCCAGAGUGCAGUUUUAAUAGCUAGGGUUAAUUUAGUAUCAAGAUUCAAGAGAGGCUUAGAAAAAUUUAAACCCUACCGCCAAAAAAAAAAAAAAACAAAACAGAGGAGAUACGGGAUGAUAUAUAUAACUGUAUUAAUUAUUAUUGUAAUCUGGUGAUCAUCAUUUUGUAUCUUAUAUAUGAAACCCUUGUACGCAAAACUUAUCACUCCUAACAUUAAUUAAAGAUUUUAAAAAAAGGUUUAUUA